AUGCAUUCGACGCUUGUGCGUCUCCAGAAUGUCUUUGGCUUCUUUACCACAGUCGCUUUCACAGUCGCGAGUAUCAUCGCGCUGAGCAGCUUCGUCUCCCCGCAGAACCCGACGGCCAGUAUAUCGCUGCGCAAUGUGCAGGUAGUGAGAGGACGGCCGCACUACUACUCACCCAAACGGGAAGAGUAUGCGCACGUCAAGUUCGAUCUAGACGCCGAUCUCAGCUCCCUCUUCAACUGGAACACGAAGCAAGUCUUCAUCUACCUCAAGGCCGUCUACCCCUCCACCCGCGCCUCGGAACCCCCCUCCGAAGCCAUCAUCUGGGAUGCCAUCGUCGCCUCAAAGUCCGCGCCCUGGAAUCAAAACCACUUCAUCCACCCCGACCCCAAGUCCAAGCUGCCCAAGCAAUCCGCCAAGAAACGCGCUGCAUCCAAGCAAAAGACCGCGUCGCCCUAUCCCGUCGGUGAACUCCACCUCGAUAACCAGAAGCCAAAGUACAAGAUUACCGAUAUCACUGGCAAGCUAGGCAACAGGACGGAUGUCGCACUGGAGCUGGGGUGGAAUGUGCAGCCCUGGGUUGGCGCGCUGACAUGGACCAAUUGGAAUACGGUCGGUGUUUGGAAGGGUCUCGAGGGAGGCAGGAGUAAGGCGUUUAGCUUCCCGGAGGUGGGCGCCAAGGCGGCAACACCAAAGGACUUGGAGACGGAGAAGGGUGCGGAGGGCUACAGACUGGUCGUUGGCGAGGAGGUGCCGCUAAAGAAGGCUGCUGUUUAG